GCGGCCCCAACGAGGCGGCAGAGACCGGGACCCCCCCGGCGCUGUCCGGCAAGGUGAUGUUACUUGGAGACUCGGGCGUGGGGAAAACCUGCUUCCUGCUCCAGUUCAAAGACGGAGCCUUUCUCUCCGGGAUGUUCAUAGCCACCGUGGGCAUAGAUUUCCGGAACAAAGUGGUGGCUGUGGAUGGUGUGAAGGUGAAGUUGCAGAUCUGGGACACAGCAGGACAGGAGCGCUUCCGCAGCGUCACCCAUGCCUACUACAGGGAUGCCCAAGCCCUGCUCCUGCUCUAUGAUAUCACCAGCAAGAUGUCCUUCGACAACAUCCGUGCCUGGCUGACGGAGAUCCAUGAGUAUGCCCAGAAGGACGUGGUCAUCAUGCUGCUGGGCAAUAAGGCAGAUGUGAGCAGCGAGAGGGCUGUGAGGACAGAGGAUGGAGCAUCGCUGGCCAGGGAAUAUGGGGUGCCUUUCAUGGAGACAAGCGCCAAGACAGGCAUGAACGUGGAGCUGGCAUUCCUGGCCAUUGCCAAGGAGCUGAAGCAGCGCGCGGUGCAGCCGCAGGAUGAGCCCCGCUUCCAGAUCCACGACUACAUCGAGUCACAGCAGAAGAAACCCAACUGCUGUGCCUUGGCCUGAGAGCGAAGGGGGAGCCGGAGGGAGGCAGGCGGGGGGCCUGAUCCUGCCCUCGAGAUCCUGCGGGAACCAGCCUCUGACCAGCCAAGUGUGGACAGGACAAUACAGUGGAGUGAGGAGAAACAUCAUCCCAGCAUCAGGAUCCAGGGGCCAGAUCCUGCUGCCCUGUGGGACAAUGCUUGGGAAUAACCAGGGUGUGAUAGCUGCCAGCCCAGCAGGGAGCCACGGUGAUGUCUCCAUCAGCCAAGCAGGAUGCAGGAUGUGGCUCCACGGCUCACUAAAGGCCCCUUAGAGUGCCUGGAGGGGUUGGAUGUGUGCCAUGGACAAGUCCUCAUGCAGCCCAUGGCCCUCUCCUCCUCUGAAGCCAUCCCUACUCUUGGCACUGCUCUUGUCCAGCUGGAAGGGCCUGACCCAGCCCCUGCAUCCCGGUGCUGCUGGUGACCAUGCUCAGCCGGGGCUCCUCACUGCUGUGGUUGCUGCU